AAAAGGAAAGGAGUAGUAUAAUUAUGUUAUAUAGAGUCAUCACCCUCAUAAGCAUUUCUUUCCUUAAACGGCUUCGAUCUUUCUUCCAAGAAGGUUAGAGAAGUGAACGGAAGUAAAGAAAAUUUUUAAUCCAAUAUUUUGUAUGUGUUAAUCAAAUAGCUUGCUCUAUCUAUCAAGGUACUUCUCUCCUUGAAAACCUUACUUAAUUAUUCAUAAUUCCCAAAACUCUUUAAUCAGCUGCUAGCUAGCUAGUUCACUCGAUUCUUUUUCUUUCGUUUUGAUUUAAACAUAUGUACGCAAGCAACACAAGGUUCAUAUAUAUUAGCUGGUUUGCUCUAAUUUCUUAUAUGUUUGUUUUUCUUAUAAAAUUGUUGUUUAAAGUUUUAUUGUAAUUUGGUCUUGUAUGAAAAGAAGAGAAAAUCUCAUUUGGUUUUUUCAGUUUGAUCAUAGAUAAUUAAUUGAGGAAUGCUUUGGUCUUCAGUUGAGUGAAUUGACUUAAGUUCAAUUAUGUCUUGGAAGGGGAAAUUAAUGGAGUUGCCCCCCGGGUUUCGUUUUCAUCCGACCGAUGAAGAGUUGAUAACGCACUACCUCUCGAAGAAGGUGCUGGAUGAGGCGUUCAGUGCCAUAGCCAUUGGAGAGGUGGACCUCAACAGGUGUGAGCCUUGGGAUUUGCCCUGGAGAGGAGGGAGUAUGGGAGAGAAGGAGUGGUACUUCUUCAGUGUAAGGGAUAGGAAGUACCCAACAGGGCUGAGGACCAACAGAGCUACUGAGUCUGGCUACUGGAAAGCUACAGGAAAGGAUAAGGAGAUACACCGACCAGCAGUGAGGUCGACGUUGCUGGUGGGAAUGAAGAAGACCCUGGUUUUCUACAGAGGGAGAGCUCCCAAGGGUCACAAAACCAACUGGGUCAUGCACGAAUACAGAUUGGAGGGCAAAUACACUCGUGUUUACGACCUCCCCACCUCAGCUCUUUUCAAGCAGAGGGAGUGGGUGAUAUGCAGGGUAUUCAAGAAGGGUAGUAGCUCAGAUGUCGAAGUUACUGCUGCUGCUGCUGCAAGUAGCAUUCGCAAUAUGAUGGGAUUAAUUAAUCAUGGAUCCUGCUCUGUUGCCUCUUAUAAUUAUAAUGAAUCAUCCCGUGAAUUGGAAUAUCAUUUGGGGGGCGACCCCAGGACUACUACUAGUACUAAUAAGGAUGACGACGAUGAGGAGGGUAACCGCCCUCUGCUACCUCCAUUGAUGGAUGCUACAGUCAUCAGUCCUAACUGCAAGGUCGAUCGCCGUAACAGAUCAGCAUCAGAACCACCAGAAGCUCACGUGACCUGCUUCUCCAGUAUUACAGUGUCGGAGGAUGAGAAAGGGCCAAACGAGGGCGACUGCUUCAAUAAUAAUCCAUUAGUAUUCCACUACUCCUCCUCUGCUUCCUCCAAUUUUCUGCACUCAGUUUUCAACUCGUUCAAGAUGAUGAAUUCGACUCCACCUACUUCAGGUCUUCUGGGAAACAGCAACACUAGCUUCAUUCCCGAUCCCGAUCCCGAUCCCAAUCCAAAUAGUAGUUUGAAGCAGCUAUUGCAGAGCAAUUUGUAUGGAGCGGCAACAAUGGAACACAAACACUGCAAGACAACAGACUGCUGCAAAGAUGUGCUCACGACUCUCUCACCCGAAACAGCCCCCAACUCCUGAUGUCAGACCGUGAAGACAGCUCCAGACAAACACUCCUUAAUUUGAUGCUCCGCACCUUGAUCUUUCUGCUUCUCUUCGCCUUCAAGACUCCCUCUCGAGCUGCUAGCUCUAGCUUUUAAUAACACAAUCCCUACCUAGUAAUUAGUGAUCCAUUUAUCAAGUGUGUGCGUGAUAACUGCUCCUUGUUGAUGACCAUGGCUUGUGUGUAAAUUGUGUGAUCUUUCGAAUAAGAUAACGUUAUGUGAAUAA